AUGGAAAUUCAGCACUUCAUUAAAGGGAUCGUUUUUUCGCUGACAGCUUUCAUUGGACUUUGCGGUAAUACAUUGAUUCUAAUGUCCUUGUCAAGUAUUGCCUACCAAGAAAAGAAGAUUAUGCCAGCAGAGAUAAUACUUGUCAACUUGGCUGUGUCACACCUUGUUCUUUUGAUAACACUUGGGCUUCCUCACUCCCUUUAUGAGUUUGGAGUGAAAUAUUUCAAAACAGACCUUGACUGCAAGUUUGAUGCCUACUUUUUAAGAGUUUCUAGAAUUAUGUCUAUUGGUCUAACCUGUCUUCUCAGCUGUUUCCAAUGUGUGACUUUGAUUUCUUCUCAUCCAACCUGGGGUCUUUUAAAAGCAUGGCUUCAAAAAAAUAUUAUUUCCAUACUUUUGGGUAUAUGCAUGCUCAGCAUGGUCUCCAGUAUCAGUUCUGCUCUCUAUCCGGUUAUUAACACAAACCUUACAGAUCAACGUCCUGCGUUCAAUCUAGGCUACUUUUAUGUGGUUUAUCCUAAUAGAUUUGUAUAUCAGCUUAUUGGUUUUAUCAUGUUUUCUCGAGAUUUAGUAUUUAUGACGUUAAUGGCUUUAGCCAGUAUGUAUAUUUUGUUAGUUUUGCACCGACACAGCAAACAGAUGAAGGGAAUGCGGAGUACUGACCAAACAAAUACAGCUGAGCGACAGGCAGCUAAGAUGGUUGUAACUUUUGUUGUAUUGUAUGUUCUGUUUUUUGGCAUAGAUACCUCUCUUUGGUUUUACCAGACAUCCAUUUCAAAUGAAGGUCCUCCUGCUAUAAAUGACAUUCGACAUUUCCUGACAUUUUGCUUUCCAUCUGCAUUUCCAAUGAUUCUCAUUACGUUCAAUCAGAAGGUUAGAUGCAAAUUAACAUGUUUUGCACUGAAACAUUCAGAUAUUUAA